AGGAGAAAACAAUAAUUAUUUUUGCCCGAUGAUCUGGUGCCUGUGAUCGUAUUCUAUAAAAUCUGAUUUGUGCUCAGCUUCGUUGAGUGAAAAUAGUUGUCGUAACGCAAAGUGAACUUUCCAGCUCUUGGUAUUGUCGAAGAGAUGUUAUUGUCAACAAGAGGCCAGUGCUCGAGUGAGAGCCAGGAGCAAAAUAUAUACAGUUCCCAAAGGAGCCAAAAACUCCUUCUCCGCGACACAACACUGCCCAUCAUGUCAGAUAUGAACUUCAGUCACGCGCACGGUACUCCUCAGGGUGAUCAUGUAAGUCAAGGCAAUAACGACCAUCAUUACAAUCGUUCUCUGACCCACACUCAGCACCACCACAGCCAAUACACCACUCAGGUCUUUCGUGACUUCAUCACCCCCGGAUGGGGCGCGAUCGUCAACAUCAACGGUACCAAGCAGUCACUAGAUUCCCUGAAUCAGGCUCUCUCCCCCAAUGUCAUCGCUAGACAAUUCCGUCAAAACCCUGGUUCCUCGCCUUGGACAGCCUUCCUCAUCGCGCUGAACAGAAUUCUCACCACGGCUGGUCUGAACCUCAUCUCCGAGCCUGAAUUGAUGCACCUUUUGCGCAUGCCCUGGUUUGUUGUUCUCGCAAAGCAGUCUGCCAAGCAGCAUCGCGUCAAGAACUACCUCAAUCUCGACAACCUGGUCUCACUCAGCACGAUCUCCGAAGAUCACAUGGUUGUGGUUUUGGAGGCAUUCGUAAAGGCUUUCCAGCUUGACAAGAUCGAGCUCGGGUUCGUUUGCAUCAGAAAGAGCGUGAAGGCCUUCCACUACCCCUUCACCGACCCCUCAAACAGACCUACUGCUUGGAUUGUGGCCGAUCUCCGCUCCAACCCUACUGUCUAUCAUGGCAUUGGUCAUAUGAUCAUGAAAAACUCAGCCCCUGCCGUCGAUCAAGACAGUGACGAAGAAGACGAGGAUCAUGACGAGAGCGAUGGCGAUCAGAACGUCCCCAGUGGUCCGACCAACACACCUGCCUCCGCCCUCCCCGUGACUACUCCUCGAAAGACGAACCCGGCUGUACUGGCUCAACAGGUUCCUCUCCCUUCGAAUCUUUCCGCUGACGAUAUCCUACGUGACCACAAGAGCAGAUUGCAGUACAUGAACAUCCUCAAGGUCGGCCUCAACUUUAGCAACCAGGAGAUCAUGGCUGCAUGCAAUGACGAAGCUUUGCCCAAGAACGAACAGAUCAACGGAGGUACUGCUGUCGUCAAGCGUAUAAACACCGGAAUUGAUUGGCUCGAGGGUCAAUUUGGUAUCAGCGGUGGUGCUUUGCGCACCGCCUAUGAUCGCCAGAGAAGAGACAACAAUGUCCCUAUCCGAGCUAAGGACGAGGUGGAUGCCACUGUGAUGGCUACAAACGCCGUUCCAGUUCGCUGAAACCGGCGGUCGGCGUCCUCCUCCACCGGCACUAACCCUGUCCUUGCCUCUGGUCACAAUGCAGUCAACCAUCUGCCUGCUACAGCCUCAGCUCUCAACGGUCCCACCGCUGGUCAUGUACCUGGUUCUUCAGCCCCAUCUGGUAACACCUCUUUCGGUCACGCCCCUUCUGGUCAUGCAUCUUUCG